CGGAGACGCGGCUGGGGCCCGCGCGGCCGGGGCGCCGUCCCAAGGCAACGCUGCCCGGCCCCGGCCCCGGGCUGCCCGCGCUCCCCAUGAAAAACCAGCUCCGCGGCCCCCCGGCGCGGGUGCACAUGUCGACUUCGGGGGCGGCGGCGGCGGCUGGGGGCACCCGGGCGGGGUCGGAGCCGGGUGCGGGGUCUGGGUCCAGCGCAGGCACCGCGACGGGCGCGGCAACGGGAGCGGGGGCCAUGCCCUGCAAGAGCGCCGAGUGGCUGCAGGAGGAGCUGGAGGCGCGCGGCGGCGCGUCCCUUCUGUUGCUGGAUUGCCGACCCCACGAGCUCUUCGAGUCGUCGCACAUUGAGACGGCCAUCAACCUGGCCAUCCCGGGCCUCAUGCUGCGCCGCCUGCGCAAGGGCAACCUGCCCAUUCGCUCCAUCAUCCCCAACCACGCCGACAAGGAGCGCUUUGCCACGCGUUGCAAGGCGGCCACUGUGCUGCUCUACGACGAGGCCACGGCCGAGUGGCAACCUGAGCCCGGUGCUCCUGCCUCCGUGCUCGGACUGCUCCUGCAGAAACUACGCGACGACGGCUGCCAGGCCUACUACCUCCAAGGUGGUUUCAACAAGUUCCAGACAGAGUACUCGGAGCAUUGUGAGACCAAUGUGGACAGCUCGUCCUCGCCCAGCGGUUCGCCGCCCACCUCGGUGCUGGGCCUGGGGGGCCUGCGCAUUAGCUCUGACUGCUCCGAUGGCGAGUCAGACCGAGAGCUGCCCAGCAGUGCCACCGAAUCGGAUGGCAGCCCUGUGCCAUCCAGCCAGCCAGCCUUCCCUGUUCAGAUCCUGCCCUACCUCUACCUCGGCUGCGCCAAGGACUCCACCAACUURGAUGUGCUCGGCAAAUACGGCAUCAAAUAUAUCCUCAAUGUCACGCCCAACCUACCCAACGCCUUCGAGCAUGGUGGCGAGUUUACCUAUAAGCAGAUCCCCAUCUCUGACCACUGGAGCCAGAACCUCUCCCAGUUCUUCCCUGAGGCCAUCAGCUUCAUUGAUGAGGCCCGCUCCAAGAAGUGUGGUGUCCUAGUGCACUGCUUAGCAGGCAUCAGCCGUUCGGUGACGGUCACCGUAGCCUACCUAAUGCAGAAGAUGAACCUGUCACUAAAUGAUGCCUAUGAUUUCGUCAAGAGGAAAAAGUCCAACAUCUCGCCUAACUUCAACUUCAUGGGGCAGCUGCUGGACUUUGAGCGGACGCUGGGGCUAAGCAGCCCAUGCGACAACCACGCGCCCAGUGAGCAGCUGUACUUCUCCACGCCCACCAACCACAACCUGUUUCCACUCAACACCCUCGAGUCCACGUGAGACCAGGUGCAAGGAUGGGCAUGGUGCCGGGGCUCCCCCAGCCCUCCACAGGGCCCGAUGGGGCCCAAGCUUGUUGUCCCUGGCCCGAGGAACCCACGGAUGUCUCCUGUGCCCAGAAGCUGAGGCUGAGUGGUGGCCAGCUCUCUGCCAUUUGUGGGGGCAGGGCCUCCCUCUGCAGGACUUGCUAAAGAGGCCUCAGCUGUCAGACACAUGGCUUUGGGGGCCCCUGGACCCUCAUGUCUAUCCCAGGACACUCCUUUCUGCUGGUGGCCUGACCAUUCUGGCUGUUUUUAAAGACACAUCCAUGGACCUGAGUUUACUUUUUACUUUUAGCAGGUAAAUCCAAGCUCCACGGAGCACAGAGUAUUCAAGCUCUUCUUGAUUUUUCUUUUUUUAACGAAAAGUGUUAUUUUCAGGCUACAUGCAGCAGUGGAUUGUAUAAACCAGUAUUUCAYCCCUUUCUUGAUCUUGUGAGAGAGAGAGAAGUGUUUUCAGUUUUGUUUUUCUUCCUAUUUCAAAAAGCAAUUAUUGGUGUGUGUUUUUGUUUUUAAUGGAAAAGACAAACCCCGUGUUGAUCUUGACCAAAUGCGUUUUGCACAUGUAUGGAGCUCGUUUCUCCAGCAGACACUUCUUAAAGGGGUGGCUUGCUGCUUUCCAGGCAUCAGGACCCCCAGUUGUGCCAUCUCCCACCCAUGGCUCAGCCCAGCUUGGUAUUGUGUCUGCCUGUGCACACUGCCUCAAGUUGUGCUUGGUGGGCUGGACCUGGGUCUUUGCAUUGUCUGCCCUCCCAUCCACCCCAAGGUGGUCCUGCACACCUCCUUGCGCUAUCCUGCUGGAGGUGGGGCUGCAGGGGACUGCCAACUAGUAGCAUUAACCCUUUGGUCUCAGCCCCUAGCAGGGCCAGGCCAUGGGCCCUUCUACAUACUUACCCAAGACUUCUAUCUAGUUCUUUCUGUAACUGGGAGUGGAGACCCAGUAGCCGGGGGAAAAGAAAGCUUAGGUGGUGGAGCCCAGCCCUGCCUCCCAAGUUCUUUUCUUCAUCCUGGCUGUUGCUUUGGUCCAGCUGCAACUCCCAAUUCCCUUCUCUCUGGAAGACUGCCUUGCUCACCUCCUGCCCAUGCCUUCUACUACCAAGAAACAUGUACCCAUUUCAACCCUAGGGCAGGGGCAGGUGGGGCAAGGAUGGACGAGUAGAAGGGGUGUGAGGCUCCCUCCCCACACCACCCCGGCCCAAUAACUACAGGACAAAGCCACGGAUUCCGUUACCCUCCUCCAGUUUUGUUCCUCAGUUCUAAUCAGGUGUCAGGACUGCRUGCGGGCUUGGGAGGGGUGAGCAGUUGGGCCAGGGUCCCUGAUGGAGCCAGCACUCAGCAUGUGAGCGAGGCCACGGAAACUCUGCCCCCACCACAUCUUACCUCACAGGGGUGGUUUUCAGGGAUUCUUUAGGGCAGUGGAUUCAAAUCUUGCCACAGUCAAGAAAUUGACAGAAAGCUUCCAAGCUGUAUAUGGUUCUCUUUCUCUCUCUCUCUCUCUCUCUCUCUCUCUCUCUCUCUCUCUCUCUCUCUCGUUUUUUAUUUUUAAAAAGAAAACCCCAGAAAGAUGUAUCAGAUUUGUGUAAAUGAGGGUAUUCCAGAGGGUGGCCAGUUUUGCUUUAUGAUCUUAUGAAGGAAAAUUUGUGACCCUACAUAUAUAUAUAUACACACACACAUACAUAUAUAUAUAUAUAUAUAUAUAUAUAUAUCCCGAACCAGC